GGGUAAUGAAACAUCUGCAAGAAAACAAGCAAGUUCAGAGAGCACCAAGGACCCCUCACAAAUAUAUAUUUUCUGUGAGGAUUGAGGGUUGGUCUCAACAUUUUCAUAGAUGGCUUUUGGAUGUGUGAAAGAAAAAGAAUUGCCAGAAAGAAAAAUGCUUAGCUGAUACAAUCUACUGAAAAUAUUUUUUCCUAGUACAAUAAAAGAACAGAACAUUAGAUUUAGGAUUUUUGUGCCCCGGAACUAGUGAUGCCAGCUCUUCGUUUCCCCAACGGAGUAUUUUAGGACAGGACAAACGACGCGAUAUAUAAACAGUCGCUGAUUAAAAGACGCAAAAAUGGAGCGACGGCUAGGGCAGGGACGACUGCUGACUGACCGCCAAGCAGACCAAUAGGAUGCCCCUUCUGCUCCGUUCCGACGUGUGAUGGCCAAUAAUAGCGAAGGAGGCGGAACGAGUUGGGAAUCCGGGAAGUGGCGGUGUUUGGGGAGAGUUUGGCGGAGACAGGGAACAACCGCGAAGGGCCAAAAUGUCGGAAAGGAAAGUGUUAAACAAAUACUACCCUCCAGAUUUCGAUCCAUCUAAAAUCCCUAAGCUUAAACUUCCAAAGGACAGGCAAUAUGUGGUCCGGCUUAUGGCUCCCUUUAACAUGCGAUGCAAGACGUGCGGCGAGUACAUUUACAAGGGCAAAAAAUUUAACGCCCGGAAAGAGACGGUGCAGAAUGAAUCUUACUUGGGACUUCCCAUCUUUCGGUUCUACAUCAAAUGCACACGCUGCCUGGCGGAAAUCACCUUCAAGACCGAUCCCGAAAACACGGAUUAUGCCAUGGAGCACGGAGCCACCCGAAACUUCCAGGCCGAGAAACUGCUGGAGGAAGAAGAAAAACGCUUGCAGAAGGAAAGAGAAGACGAGGAGCUGAAUAAUCCCAUGAAGGUUUUGGAGAACAGAACCAAGGAUUCCAAACUAGAGAUGGAAGUUUUGGAAAACCUGCAGGAGCUGAAAGACCUCAACCAACGCCAGGCCAACGUGGACUUUGAAUCCAUGUUGCAUCAGUACAAAGAGUUUGAGGAACAGCAGAAACAGCGGGAGCUGGAGGAAGACGAGCAGGAAAUGAAAUCCAUGCUGGAGCAAGCCCAAAGCCGGAGACUGCUGGAAGAUUCCGAUUCAGGAGAAGACCUCCCUCCAGCUCGGCCAAAGCCACUGGCAAAAGGGAAGCCCACUGACAUCCUGAAACAGGAUUCAGAGCCACAAGCUAAAAAGCCAAAGCUGGAAAGCUGGGAACGGAGUGUGGGAAAACUCUCAGUGAAGACACAACUGUCGGGAUUGGUGACCGCCAAGAAGAAGCCCAUUUCCAGGCCGGCCAAUGGACCGGGAGGACAAGAGGCAGCAUCAGAACCAGGGAGCGGAUAUCAGCACAGUCUGGGUGCUUCUACAGCGACCAUGCACAGCUCAAACACGGGGGUCUUCUCCCUCGGCCUCCUGGGGGCUUACUCCGACAGCGAUGACAGUAAAAGUGAUUGAAUUAUUGAAUGGAAAAAAAGAUCUGUAAGGUUGCAAGAAGACCUUCUCCACCCCCCACCCCCCACACUUCUGAGGAGAGAAACUUUUUUAUUUCGUGGAAAUACCAGCUGAAAUCUGGGAUGUCCCACUGGAUAAGACCGCCACCCAUCACUUUUCCCGCCAGGCAUGAAGAGCAAAGAACAUUAUUUUGUUUUUUCCCCCAAGGUGAAGUUGGUUGAGAGAGUGGUGUCCUUUCUCAAGUAUUUUUUGGUGGCCCGGCUGGGGUGGACAGAGGGAAACGGGGCCAGGUGAGUGGCGGGCCAGCGUGCAUGCGCGCACGGGCAGCUCAACUCACUUGAGUGGCGGGUUUAUGCACAAACACACUCGCACGCAGUUCAACUGCAAAUUGAGCUGUGCGGGCAUGCCUGUGCGUCCAACCUGCCACUCCCACGGCCCAGUUCCAAAUAGGCCAUGGCCCAGUAAUGGGCUGCAUCCCAGGGUGUUGGGGACCCCUGGCUUAAUGACCUCUUGAAGGACUGCAGGACCAAACCAUCUGAUGUUCUCAGCUGAAUAAAAACAACAUCAAAUCUUCUCACCCCCAUCUCUUCCUGGUGUCUAACUCAAUAUUCCUCAACACCAGCAACUUUUAAGAUGUGCUGACUUCAACUCCCAGAAUUCGUCUUAAAAUUGCCGAGAUGGAGAAUUGCUACUUUAACGGACCUGAAAUGGAAGAGACCAUAAUUUACCCUGGCAUCUUAGUCAGAAGAAGACGAUCCUGUCCAGACUAGUGGACACCCAGGGUGAAUCCCCACAAUGUUACUAUUUCCCAAAUCCGCCUUUUCCACAUGGCAGUCCGUAAAAAGAAAUAAAUUUCAACUUUGCUAGAAAUGUUAAAAAAAAAAAAAAAAAAGAUUUAGGAUUUUUCUGCCAUAACUGUGAGAAUCAAAAGAAAAAUCCAAGGAAGCAACUUGGGAUCUUUGUCUUUUCUUGGAUAUUUUGUUUACUGGAAUAUGAAGAUGGAUAACAGCCUCACCCAUAGUAGAUUGGCAACACUCCUGGAAAUAGGAGGAACUUUAAAACUGGAUAAUUCAAAGUGCUGAGAUAUACUCUGAGAAUCAAAUUCCUAAAAUAGCAAAAAUAUUACUGACAUACAUACACAAAAACCCUCUGAAGAUUUUCAAGGAAGAGC